CGUCUUAUAGUUUGUUACUAUAGGAUUAAAAUCCAUUCUCAAAGUAGGAUAGUUGAUCGUAGUUUGACUCUUGAGAAGGAUAGAGUACGCAAUAAGAUAAUGAAUAUAGUUGCUACUAGUGAAGGUCGGAAGAUAAUAAGAAUGAGUCCUAAGGCGUUUUUGGAUUUAUGCUCUAUAUUACAACAAGAGGGUGGUCUUCUACCAACACAAAGGGUAACCGUAGAGGAACAAGUUGCUAAAACUCUUUACCUUCUAACACACAAUGUUAGAAAUAGAGAGAUUCAAUUCUGGUUCCGACGCUCUGGCGAAACUACUAGUCGUCAUUUUCAUCGGGUGCUCCGAUCAAUAAUUGAGAUAGGGCGUACCUAUCUCAAACAACCAGAUGGAUCACGCAUUCCGGUAGAAAUUCUUGGAAAUCAUCGAUUUUACCCCUACUUUAAGGAUUGCGUUGGAGCAAUUGAUUGUACACAUGUUCGUGUAAAAGUACCAUUGGCUGAAGCUUCAAGGUAUCGUGGUAGGAAAAGUUUUCCUACACAAAAUGUGUUGGUCGCAUGUUCUUUUGAUCUUAAGUUCACUUAUGUUUUGCCUGGAUGGGAGGGUACUGCUUCUGAUUCUAGGAUAUUAAAACAUGCACUACAGAGAAGAAAUGGUCUCAAAAUACCUAGAGGUAAGUUUUAUAUUCUUGAUGCUGGAUUCAUGUUGAGAAAGGGGCUAAUUACACCGUUUAGAUCAACACGUUAUCAUUUGAAAGAAUUCUCAGCCAUAAAUCCCCCUAGAACAGCUCAAGAGUUAUUCAACCUUCGACAUUCAUCGUUGCGUAAUGUUGUUGAAAGGGCUUUUGGGAUUGUGAAGAAAAGAUUUCCUAUCAUUUCAAGUGGCGCUGAAGCAACUUAUGGAAUCGAUACUCAAAAUUAUAUUAUCCUUGCAUGUUGCAUUUUGCAUAAUUUCUUGAUGGGGGUAGAUCCUGAUGAAGACUUGAUUGCUGAGGUAGACGAAGAAAUCGCCAAUCAAAGUGCAUCUCAAACUGGUCAUGGCCAUAUAGAAGUAGAUGAGGAUGAAGAACAUUCGCAUUUAGGUCAAAAUUUUAGAAAUUCUAUACUUGGUGCCAUGUGGACCAAUUACCUAUCAUAUCAUAGUAGAUGAUAAUGAAUUACUUAGCUAUUAUUCAGUGUGUAUGUUUCCAAAUAGCUAUUGCCAAAAAUAUUGGAAACUUGUUUGUUCAAAAUAUUCUAUAAUUUGUAGCUUUAAGUGGAAGAAUGUGUGUUGUUAUUGUUUCUAAAUAUUGGAAACUUGUUU